AUGACUUCUUCAAAAUCUCAUCACAAGGGGAAGAUUGCUGCUCGUCGGAAGGAGGAGAAAUCAGAAGAAUCCGAUAAUCCAAAGUACAGAGACCGAGCGAAAGAACGAAGGGAUAAUCAGAAUCCUGAUUAUGAUCCGACGGAGCUUGGCUCCUUUCACGCUGUUGCUCCUCCCGAAGCUGGAGAUCUCCGUGCUGCUGAUGCAGUAAAGCUCGCAAUUGAGAACAGCAAGUUUCUUGGAGGUGAUGUUGAACAUACCCAUUUGGUCAAGGGUUUGGAUUUGGCUCUGUUGAACAAAGUGAGAAGCGAAAUUGACAAGAAAGCUGAUGCUGAAGAUGAUAGAGGCAAGACUAGUUCGGCUAAGGAAGAUCAACUAGUUACUUUUCGUACCAUGGCUGCAAAGUCAGUUUAUCAGUGGAUUGUUAAGCCUCAAACUAUCAUCAAGUCUAAUGAGAUGUUCCUUCCUGGUCGAAUGACAUUUCUCUAUGAUAUGGAAGGUGGCUAUACACAUGACAUACCAACCACGUUACAUAGGAGUAAAGCUGACUGCCCAUUGCCAGAUGAAACUGUUACAGUCAAUGUUGAUGGUUCUGUGCUAGAUCGAAUCGCAAAGAUCAUGUUAUACCUUCGUCUUGGAUCAUCGGGGAAAGUUCUCAAGAAGAAAAAGAAGGAUAAAGAUAGUAAAGGAAAGACGUCAACUUUUGCUAAAGGAUAUGAUGAAGACAGUAAUCAAUCCAAGGUUAAGAAUGAAUCUACGAAUGAAAUGGAAGUUUUGCCUCCUCCUCCGCCGUUACCCCCUGUACUCAACCAUAUGGAUGUGAGUAUUAAAAAAGAAGAACCCGAUAUUCCCAGGACAGACGAUGAUGACAUAUUUGUUGGUGAUGGCGUCGACUUCACUGUUCCUGGUAAAGAUGUGACACAGAGUCCUAUCUCUGAGGACAUGGAAGAAUCUCCCAGGGAUAAGGAGAAAGUCCCUUACUUUUCUGAGCCUGUUUAUGGUCCAGUUCAGCCAUCUGCUGGCCAAGAAUGGCAAGAUAUGAGUGGAUAUGGUGCAAUGCAAACUCAAGGAGUGGCUCCUGGGUAUCAGGGAGAGUGGCAGGAGUACCAAUACGCAGAGCAAUAUCAGGAGCAGUACCUUCAGCCUGGAAUGGAGGGUUACGAUGUCCAACCGGAAACGGGUGUAUUACAAGAUCCGCAGCUCAUGUCUCAGGAAGAGAAAGACAGGGGUCUGGGAUCAGUGUUCAAGCGUGAUGACCAAAGGCUUCAACAGCUGAGGGAGAGUGACGCAAGAGAGAAAGAUCCAACUUUCGUAUCCGAGAAUUACUCAGAGUGUUACCCUGGUUACCAAGAGUACAACCAUGAGAUUGUUGGUAGCGAUGAAGAAGCUGAUUUGUCUAAAAUGGACAUGGGAGGCAAGGCAAAGGGAGGUUUACAUCGAUGGGACUUUGAAACAGAAGAGGAAUGGGAAAAGUAUAACGAACAGAAGGAAGCGAUGCCUAAAGCUGCGUUCCAAUUCGGUGUAAAGAUGCAAGACGGUAGGAAGACAAGGAAGCAGAACCGCGACCAGAAGCUGAACAACGAGCUUAACAAGAUCAAUAAGAUACUUACAAGAAAGAAGAUGGAGAAAGAAGGUGGUGAUGUUAGUUCUUUAGACGAUGCUCAGACUCCCAAGAGAUCUAAGCAUUGA